AUGUAUGUGAAAUGCUUUGAUACAGUAUUUUUUACUAUGUGAUUUUAGUGUAUUUAGUGAAUGUCACUUUUUGUCAUUUUCAAAUUUCCCGCCGUUCCGUCCCCCGUACGUCCCGACGCUCGCAAGGGACGGAACCCAGAUGACAGAUGCCGGCAUCCGCCGGAUUACAUUGCCGGGGACACUGCAGGGGGGACAUCGCGGGGAGCGCAGGACAAGUUAAGUGAUCGAGGGAUCCUGGAUCAAUGCUGCAUGGUAAGCCCGAGUGUAGCUCGGGGUUACCGCUUGUGGUACUGAAACUUUACCCCGAGCUACACUCGGGAAUACCGCCAGGGGGGUUAAUAAAACAUAGAGGGGGAUAUUUACUAAACCUGGUUCGCUCAGAAUCUGGUGCAGCUGUGCAUGGUAGUCAAUCAGCUUCUAACCUCAGCUUGUUCAAUUAAGCUUUGACAAUAAAACCUGGAAGCUGAUUGGUUUCUAU